AUGGCUGCAAAUACUACAAGUAAUAAUUUAAAAAGAAAAUUAAGUAACCGUGACAGUGAUUCAGAUAAUGAAAAUGAACAUACUAGUUUCUCCAGAAAAAAUAAAACAGAUGCUCCAAGACUAUGUCCGUACUUAGACACCAUAAAUAGGCAAUUUUUAGACUUUGAUUUUGAGAAACUGUGCUCCGUUUCCCUGUCACGUAUAAACGUUUACGCUUGUUUGGUAUGUGGAAAAUAUUUCCAAGGAAGAGGUACGAAUACUCACGCUUACACUCACAGCGUAGCUGAGAGUCACCAUGUGUUUUUAAAUCUUCACACUUUAAAGUUUUAUUGUCUUCCUGACAAUUAUGAAAUUGUUGAUUCAUCCUUGGAUGACAUUAAGUACGUAUUAAACCCAACAUUUGGAAGGGAGCAAAUAGCUCAGCUCGAUACGAGCGAUAAGCAGUCGCGAGCAAUUGAUGGAUCCAUGUACUCGCCGGGUAUCGUUGGGUUGAACAACAUCAAAGCGAAUGAUUACUGCAAUGUUAUUCUACAGGCAUUGUCUCAUGUUACUCCACUGAGGAAUUAUUUCUUGCGUGAGUCCAACUAUUCGCAUGUCAAAAGACCACCUGGUGACUCGCAGUAUCUUCUAGUUCAGAGAUUUGGCGAGUUGAUGAGGAAAUUAUGGAACUCCAGGAAUUUUAAAGCUCAUGUAAGUCCUCAUGAGAUGCUUCAAGCUGUUGUUUUGUGGAGUAAAAAAAGUUUUCAAUUUACUGAACAAGGCGAUCCAAUUGAUUUCUUAUCGUGGUUUUUAAAUGCGCUUCACAUUGCGCUGAACGGCAGUAAAAAGCGAGAUUCUAGUAUUAUCUAUAAGACAUUUUUGGGCCACAUGAGAAUAUACACGCGAAAAAUCCCACCGCUUGAAUUAGAAGAAAGCCAAAGAAGUGAAUUAUUAAAUACUGUGGAAUAUGGAGAAACAGUUACCGAGAGUCCAUUCUUGUAUUUGACAUGCGACCUGCCACCUCCACCACUUUUCAAAGAUCAGUUUACUGAAAAUAUUAUUCCUCAGGUGAACUUGUACACUCUAUUAAAUAAAUUCAAUGCGUUCACGGAGAAAGAGUAUAAAACUUACAAAGAGAACUUUCUGAAGAGAUUUGAAAUCACAGAACUUCCACCUUACUUAAUACUCUACAUAAAAAGAUUUACCAAGAAUACUUUUUUCGUGGAAAAAAAUCCCACGAUUGUCAACUUCCCGGUUAAGAAUGUUGACUUUGGUGAUAUUUUGACUCCAGAAGUAAAAGCCAGGCAUCCAUACACUGUUUAUGACUUAGUUGCAAACAUUGUCCAUGAAGGUGAACCAGGUAAAGGAACUUACAAAGUUCACAUUCUACAUCGCGCUACAGGUCAAUGGUACGAGAUGCAAGAUUUGCACGUCACACAGCGCUUAUCUCAAAUGAUAACUCUCAGCGAGGCUUAUAUACAGAUUUAUGAAUUAAGGAAAAGUGACAGCACUGAAAAUGGUACCAAGGCGAAUUAA